GGUACGUUCCUCCGAGAUUCGAAGCUCGGAGCGGGAGGAAGGAGCCGCUGUGUCGUCGCUUGUUGUUGAUAUUCGUGAAGGAGAGUAGUCACCACAGGAUGGACAUGACUACGUGUUUGAAGUCUCUGUUGCUGGCUAUCCAGCAGUACAGAGAGGGCAGGACGGCGCAGAAUGCAGCGCAGCUUCAGAAACAAGUGGAGGAGGUUUCCAGACUGAAAUGUGACCAGCUGCUGUCCUCAGGUCAAAUUCUGCCCAGUGACUGUGUGAAUGGGCUGGUCGAGCUGGCUGGAAACCCAAACACCAGCCCCAUCCUGACAAGCUCCAUCAUCUCCUUGCUAGCACAACUAGCCUGUGAUGAUGCUGGUUGGGGGAUUCUUCACAACAGCUACAACCUCACCAGCACCCUGGCCUCUGUCAUCCACUACCACAGCGCCACCCCAGGGGAACCCCUGGUAUUGCAGUGUUUGCAGGUGCUGCAGAAACUGACGUACAACACUCAGGUCUUUCAGUCUACAAUCUACAUCCAUGAGCUCAUCACUUUUCUGGUUACCAACAUCAACUCUCACAAUGAUGACAUCAUCAUACCGUGCCUCGGCCUCAUGGCCAACCUGUGUCAUGACAACCACUCAGUGCAGAGUCACAUCAAGUCUCUGGACAAUGUGAAGCCAUUCUACCGCACUCUGAUGAACUUCCUGGCUCACAACAGUCUGACUGUGGUCGUCUUCACGUUGUCCAUUCUGGCCAGCCUCACGCUGAACGAGAAGGUCGGAGAGAAGCUCUUCGAUGCAAAGAACAUCUACCAGACUUUCCAGCUGGUAUUUAACAUCAUCGUGAACGGUGACGGUACUCUGACCAGAAAAUACUCUGUUGACCUUUUGGUCGACCUGUUGAAGAACCCAAAGAUAGCAGAUUACCUAUCCAGGUAUGAGCACUUCUCAGCAUGUGUGUCUCAGGUGUUAGGAUUGCUGCAGUCAAAAGACCCAGACUCUGCUGCAAAGGUGUUGGAGCUUCUCCUGGCCAUGUGCAGCGUCUCAGGGUUGCGGUCGCUCCUCUGCGAGGUGGUUUUCAGACCAGCGGGACCCAAACUCAGAGCAGGAGGCCGCAGGCAGGCGGCUGGAGUGGAUGGUGGGAUCGCACUGGUGCAGUGGCUGAGCUCACCUGUGGAGGGCGCAGAGUCCUGCUCCCUGCAGACCCUGCAGUUGCUGAAUGAACUGCUGGAGGAGGCGUUGGCCGCAGAAACUUUGUCUGAUUUUGUGCUGAGCUUUGUUGAAAUGCUGCUUCCAGUCCUUUUAGCGCUCCUGAAGGGCCUUGAUCCUGCAGGGGGAGACGCUCACCUGAGAAAAUACUGUCACCGCAUCACACACAUAAACAGUCUGCUGCUUAUCCUGUGCGCCGAGGACUCCACCAGAUCUUUAGUGUCCCGUCAGGUGAGCGCUCAGCUCUGCUUCACGCAGGUGGAGACCCUCCUCUCCUGUUGUCAUAGCAGCAGCCCUCUAACCUGCCUGCCUCCUGGCUCUGACAAUGACCUCAGUCAGGUGUGUGCAGAAGCUCUGCUGAGGACUCUGGAGUUAAUGAGCAAACUGAGGCAGCAGGUGAAGGACAUGGAGACCAGCUUCUACAGGAUGUUACAGGACCAGAGGAUUGUGACGCCCCUCUCCCUCGCCCUUACGUCCCACCACAGAGACCGCGUGCAGACCGGACUCUCUCUGCUGUUUGAAGCCACACCACUCCCAGACUUCCCCUCACUGAUUUUGGGAGAAAGUAUCGCCGCCAACAACGCCUAUCGUCAAAGGGAAGCUGAGCACUCAAUCAAACGUGUUGCAGUUCAGGAAGUCCCGCCUUCAGGCAAUCUGGACUCUUCCGGUGGUUCGAGCAGGAGCGUGCACAGUCUGGCUGAGAAGAUACAGAACGGAUUAGAGCUGCAGGACCACGGCAAGAACUCGCACGUGUCUGAGAUCAUCAACGUUUAUGAACAUAAGCUCUCAGCGUUUGCAUCUAAGGAGAGCGGACUGCAGGACUUGUUGGAGGCGAAGGCUCUGGCUCUCUCCCAGGCCGACCGUCUCAUCGCUCAGUAUCGCUUCCAACGAGCUCAAGCUGAAGCCGAGGCCUGUAAGCUUGGCUCUCUGCUGAAGGAAGCGGAGCGGCGUCGUGAGGAUUUGCAUGUGGAGCUUAGUAACCAGGUGCUGGAGGUGGAGCGAUUAAAGGCCGACAUGGAGGAGCUGCUGCAGCACAACACCAGGCUGCAGCAGGACUCAGAGGAGCACCAGGCCCUCAAAGAAGCCUACAACGCCCUGCUCAACAGGUUAAACGAGAGUGAGCGGCUGUUCAAGGAGCUGCAGUCGUCUCACAACUUGCUCACAAAACAGAUCGAUGCUCUGAGGAAGAACCACGAGGCGCUGCAACAGAAGCACGAGAAGAUUGCGUCAGAGUUGGAGGAGCGAGAAGAGGAGAUCAGAUCCCUCAAUUCAGAUCUGAAGCAGAGGAACAGUGACAUCACAGGUUUGCGUGGUGAACUGCGCUCCAAGGAGGAGAAGCUGAAGGCAAAGGAUCAGGAGAGGAGAGACCUGGAGGAGACGGUGGAUGUUUUAAGGAAAGAACUUAACAAGACAGAGCAGGCCAGGAAGGACGCCAGCAUCAAGGCGUCGUCUCUGGAACUGCAGAAGAGCCAACUGGAAACGAAGCUGAAGCAGAAGGAGGACGAGCUGAACAAACACUCUACCAUGAUCUCCAUGAUUCACAGUCUCAGCAGCGGCAAGUUGAAGAGCGAUGUCAACCUGUCACUCUGAGGAACACACACUUGUGCAGAUGAGUGAAACAGGCAUAUCAGAUUUGUUUUUAAACUGAAUGGAUUAUUUCCUUUUUUAACUAAAUGAACUUUUUACAGUAAAUGUACUAAACAAACUAGUAUUUAUAAGUGUUGAAUCUUUGUUUGUCAUGUAUGUGUCUAUAUGUAUAUGUUUUUUGUUUGGUAAAUAAAUGAUGGAUCUGUA